AUGGACCUCCUAGGCACCUCUGUCGAGACCGUAGUGCGCCGCGCGAGCAUCAACCAUGUCCCCGAGCCUCGCGCGGGGAAAGUCGUCAGUAUUAUUGUUGCCAUGAUGUCGGCAUGUCUAGUCGCUAGCCUUUUCGUUGUACGUUGGCUGUCGGUGAGAGACUGGAGGAUAUUGCCCUGGACCAUGUGGCUCGUCUUGUUGAUCUACUUCUUUUCGUUCGUCUUUGUCUUUGGGACGUCCAUUCUUCAGUUUGGAUAUGGAGCCGACCUCAACUUCCAUACGUGCUCCGCCGCCACCUUUUUCUGCUUGGCGGGAUACGUCUCAACAAAGUUCAUUUACCUUUUCAUGGUAGAAAGAGCACACAUCAUUCGGCAAACAAGAAAGAGUCGCUUCAAGUCGAAACUUUACCUCAUUAACUCACUCGGUGUAUUCGUGCUGAUUGUUAUUAUGAAUUUCAUCUUCCGAAUAACACAUUUUGAGGAUGGCAUUUGUAUCAUUGGGAUGCAAACACCAGUGAUACUGCCGCUGAUCUCAUUCGAUGCGGCCGUGAACGUCUACCUCACAAUUCUGUUUUUGCUGCCUCUAUUGAGUCUUCACUCCGUAAAAUACAACUUCUGGAGGCCAUGGACUCUGGACUGGAGGAAUAGACGCAUCCCGCGAGCCCCUCCUAACGUCAGACUGCGGAAACUCGUCAUUCGGGACUUGAACAGCCCCGAUUUCGACGCUGUUAUGGUUUGUCCUUUCCCAGUACCCUCCGAGUUUGCGUUUCCAUAA